AUGGCCCCCUUUCGCGCAUAUGCUUCCACGAAUACGAAACCGACACCAGCUGACCUCGAGGCCCGAAUCGCCGCAAUUCCGAUCGAGAGAUAUCGAAACUUUUGUAUCGUUGCGCAUAUCGAUCAUGGAAAGAGUACGCUGAGCGACAGGUUGCUGGAGUAUACGGGGACGAUAUCGGCAAGCGAUGCGAACAAACAAAUUUUGGAUAAGCUAGAUGUUGAGCGAGAGCGAGGCAUCACUGUCAAGGCGCAGACGUGUACCAUGAUUCACAAUUACAAAGGCCAAGAUUACCUGCUUCACUUGGUCGAUACACCUGGCCACGUCGAUUUCAGAGCAGAGGUUACGAGAUCAUAUGCCAGCUGUGGCGGCGCACUGCUUCUUGUAGAUGCAUCACAAGGGAUCCAGGCCCAGACUGUGUCGAAUUUUCACCUCGCAUUUGCACAGGAUCUUGCGCUGGUACCAGUCGUGAACAAGAUCGAUAUGCCUGCGGCUGAUGUUCCUCGUGUGCUUAAGCAGAUGGAAGAUAGCUUCGAGCUGGAUCCCAAGAGCGCCGUUCUACUCAGCGCUAAAACGGGUAAGGGCGUACCAGAUGUUUUGCCUGCUGUCAUUGAGAGAAUACCUCAUCCCGUGGGCAAUGAGAAAAAGCCACUAAGGAUGAUGUUGGUGGAUUCUUGGUACGACAACUUCCGUGGAGUCGUACUCUUGGUUAGACUCUUUGAUGGCACAAUCAAAGCUGGCGAUAAUGUCAUCUCCAUGGGUACGGGUAUGAAGUACACUGUUGGUCAAGUAGGCAUCCAAUACCCUCACGCCAUCCCACAAAAGAGCCUCAGCGCUGGCCAAGUUGGCUACGUUUUCUUUAAUCCAGGCAUGAAGAGGAUUCAAGAUGCAAAGCUCGGUGACACGUUUACUUUCCUGGGCUGCGAAGACCAGGUCGAACCCUACCCCGGAUUCGAAGAGCCCAAACCUAUGGUCUUCGUCGCCGCAUUUCCCACUGAUCAGAGCGACUAUGGUCGCCUUGCCGACAGCAUCAAUCAGCUGGUGCUAAACGACCGUAGCGUGACUUUGCAGAAGGACCACUCCGAGGCACUCGGGGCGGGUUGGCGUUUGGGAUUUCUGGGGAGCUUGCACUGCUCUGUGUUUCAGGAUCGUUUGAGACAGGAACACGGACGAAGUGUCAUCCUAACGGAACCAACAGUACCGUCCAAAAUCAUCUGGCCCGACGGAACGGAGGAGAUCGUACAGAACCCAGCGCUGUUUCCGGAGACCAGCAAUCCGAAAGUCAAACAGUCCCAGCUGUUUGAACCUUAUGUAACAGCUACUAUUACCAUGCCGGAGGAGUACCUAGGCCGUGUAAUUGAGUUGUGCGAGGCCAACCGUGGUGAACAGAAGAGCCUUGAGUUCUUUCACACGACACAGGUUAUUCUGCAGUACCACAUCCCAACGGCCCAGCUGGUAGAUGAUCUUUUUGGGAAGCUCAAGAGCGUCACCAAGGGAUAUGCUACACUGGACUAUGAAGAUGCAGGCUGGCAACAGAGCAGCCUGGUCAAGAUCCAACUUCUGGUGAACAGACAACCUGUUGAUGCUAUUUGUAAGGUUGUGCAUACAUCUCAGGUUGAUCGUCUUGGAAAGCAAUGGGUGACCAAGUUCAAAGAGCAUGUUGACCGACAGCAUUUUGAGGUUGUCAUCCAAGCCACUGCGGGUAACCGCAUUGUAGCACGAGAAACCAUUAAGCCGUUCCGCAAGGACGUGCUCGCCAAGCUCCAUGCUGCUGAUGUGUCACGAAGAAGGAAGUUGUUGGAGAAGCAAAAGGAGGGAAGAAAAAGGUUGCGUGCCGUGGGCAACGUCGUCAUCGAUCAGUCAGCUUUCCAAAGUUUCAUGUCGAGAUGA